UUGCACUUGGAAACUGUUUGGUGUCUUACGAAAUAAACUUCAUCGAGUCUUUCAGAAGAAUAUAGUAAAAGAUUAUGGAUUUACUGGGAUCUAUUUUGAAUUCAAUGGAUAAGCCUCCAACAAUCAGUGACAAACAGAAGGCAUUGAUGAAAAAGCAAAAAGAGGAGUAUCAAAAGCAUCAAAAAGCUGAAGCUGAAAGAUUAAAACAAUUCCGAGAAAAGGUAGAAGAGAAAAUUAAUAAAUUCCUUCAAGAUGACGAUGCAAAGGAAUACAAAUUCCCCCCAAUGGAUCAAAUCCAUAGAAGUAUAAUACAUGAUGUGGCUGAAGUGGCAAACAUUUGGGCCUACUCAUUUGGAGAAGAAGGCAUUGAUCGUCAUAUUGUGAUUUUUAAAAGAGAAUACACCCCAUCCGAAGAUCAGUUGAAUGCAUUACGUAGAGGAGAAGAAUGGAAUGAUGAAAUAGCAAGGAGAGUGGUAGAGGAGAGGGAGAGGCGAGCGAAAGAAGAACUAGAGAUGGCUACAAAACCUAAAAAACGAAAAGACAAUUUUGUACCAAACAGUUAUUAUAAGGAUAAGUACCAGCAUCUAAUUGGAAAGGAAGCUGCUCUAGAAGCAGCUAGGAAAACAGAAGCUAAUAGUAGUUAUGGAUGUGUUCCCAGUGAAAAUAAGAAGGAUCAACGAAGUAUAGAGCAGACAUUAGCAGACAUACGUGCUAAAAAAAGAAAAUUGGAAGCGAAUACCGAAGAAUCAAAGUAUAAAGGCGAAGAUACGAAGCAGCAAAAAGUAUCCGAAAAUUUGUAAAAUAUCUGACAUUCGUUUUUUUUUUGUUUCUUCUUUUUUCUAAACUCUGUAAAUAUAUUUCAUGUUAGGCGUGUAAAACGAAAUCGAACAUUUCUAUACAAAAACUGUUCGUAGUUUUCCGACUGUAGCACACGUGUAACUUUUACUUAUUCUAUACAACAUUAGUAUUACUUUAUGUACCUGCGACAAAAAUAAGAAGAAAUUUUGAAAUUCAGUACAUGUAUUUACUAAAGCAUUAAAGUUAACUUAUAUGUACAAUAUAAUACAUCGAGCACAUACAUUGCGGA